CUGUGCGCACGAAGACAGAGCAAGCGAAGCAGAAGAAGAAGAAGCAGCAGCAAUAGCAGACAACUUUCGUGUCGUGUAGAAAAUUCCAACCUCCCCCCCUCAAUUUCCACAGUUCCCAUCACCUGAUACCUCGUUGCUUUUAUAAGGCGCGCGUCGUGUUUCGUUUGGAGAAAGGCUUACACUCGGAUUUGCAAUAAGACAAACAAAAAAACAAAACAAAACGAAAGAGAGAUAAAUAUGUUUAAUAUUUAAUUUCACUAUGCAAAUGCAUUAACAUUCAUUCUUGAACGAACUUGCACAAGUUUGAUUUGCCCUUCAGGGCCACAUACAGUUUUAGAGUCCAAACUCGAAACCAGUUCAAAAAGCUUGCAGUCACCAAACAUCCAAAACAAGAGCGACAAAGAGCGCAAGAGAGGCGCGCAAGCGCACGUGCAGAAAGCGAGAGCGCAGCAGCGAACGCGUUGACAGAGUCGUCGUCGCGUGCUUAAUUGGGACAAGAACAACUGUGAGUGCUGUCGUCGCUAAACUGUAAUGGCUGUCAAACUGUGCGUGCGGAAGUUUACAAAACAGUGGUGUAUUGUGUUGUGUUGACAUUGCGUAAUUUUCAAUAAACAACUACUACAGUAAACUAAAAAUUCGUAACGAGUUGCUAACAAUAAAAGCAUGUGCAAGAAAUCUAUAAUAAAAAAUUGGCAAUAGCUCGAUUUUGUGUGAAAACAGCAAACAGCAGACACCACAAAUUUGUGGUCACACCAAAAAAUAAAAGCGCAGCUUUGUUCGCAUACUGUGAACGAGCAUAAAUAACAGCAGCAACAACAACAAUAAUAACUGAAAUUUACCGUUACCAGAAGGAGAGAGAAACAAAUUAGCAAGCUACGUGCGUUUGUUUUUUUGCAUUUUGUGUGAAAUGUCCAAACAGUUGAAAAUAAAUUCACUCUCGUUGCUGCUGUUGGUCGCAGCGGCAGCGACAGCGCUGCCCCAACAACAACAGCAACAACCACAGCAACAGCAGCAGCAACUAUUACCAGCAACUGUUGCAACUACGACAACAACAAGACUAGUAAAUGCAACUGACAGCGCUGGCACUUUCAUCGAUAACAACAACAAUAACAGCAACUUCGAAGCAACAACUGUCUCCUUCGAGCAGCAACAGUCACAACAACAAAAACAACAACAGCCGCCGCAAACAUUGCAAUAUGCACAUAUAACGGCAUUAGAUAAAGAAGUAGUUGAACGUCUAAUCAAGCAAUGGGCGCCGAUUGUUUGGCUGGCGCCAGAGGAGAAAUUUCUGCCUCUGGGCGUCGAGGAAUUCCUACAGAAUGUGCAUCCCAUGGACAAGGAACGCAGCAACAGCUUCACCCCUGGCGUGCCCUUUAGCGAAUACUCCACAAAGUCGCAUCUGGUGACGAAUGCGGACAUGGAGCACUUGCUGCAGAAUGAGCAAUCCUUCAUCUAUGGCCGCAAUCCCAACGAGGCGCCAGUACCCAUCUAUGGGGUCGUCACGCUUUGUCCCAAACCGGAGCCAAAACCCGAAGUUAUGCCUCAGUCGCAAUCACAGCCCUUCGCCAGCACUCGAGGACCUUACAUACCCGUGUCCAUUGACCCGUUGGAGGAGCGCAAUGAUACAGUUCGACGUUCAUCGCGCUUGUAUCCACUGUUUCAGCGCGUGAAGCGCGACGCAGCGAACAUGCCGCCGCUACGGGAAUACGAUCUGGUCAUGGGUGAAACACAAUUGCCAACGGCAGCGGUUCCGGAGUCUGUAGAGCAGCAGCCUCAGGAGCUGGAGGACGAUUCGAAUGGAUUGCCUGUGAACAAUUUCAUUGCCAAUCUGGCAGACAAUGUCAAGUUCAGUGGCGGGCCCGAGAUGGAAGAUGAUAAUCUGGAAGACAACAACAUUGGCGAUGCGCCGCCCCUAGAAACCCCACAGCAAGGAGUUAAAGGAAAACUGCCUGGUUUCCAUGUCACCUACUGGAUGUUCUAUCCCUACAGUCAGGGCAAAACCAUGUGCACACUGAGCUUGGGUCCCCUGGGUCGUAUUCCCUUUCCGGCUGUGUAUGGCUAUUGCUUGGGAAAUCGUCGAGAUAUUGGCAGCCAUGUGGGAGAUUGGGAGCACAUGAGUCUGUACUUCAAUGGUGAUGCUGAGCCACAGGCGAUGUAUGUCUCAGCUCACGAUGCUGGAGCCUAUUACAGCUACAAUCGGCUGACGGGCUCCUUUGAGUUUCGUCGUCAAGAGACGCGCAAGGGCAUUUUACAGCGUCCCAAUUUCCCUAAGACAGUGACCACAUUUAAGAAUCAUCCGGUCCUGUUUGCUGCCAAAGGUUCGCACGGUCUGUGGACGGCGCCGGGCAAGCAUCGCUUUGUUAAGGUGGCCAGACUGUAUGACAUAAAUGGCUUUGGCACGCCGUGGAACACUUGGAAGGCCGUGGACAUAAGCUAUAAGAAUCUCAGAUCCUACGGACGUUCACUGGUGCCCGAUUGGCUGACGUAUCGUGGCAAGUGGGGCAAUCCCAAGAGCAAGUGUCAUCCUUUUCGUCGCAUCGGAUUGAACUUUUGUGAGUUCACAGACGGACCCACUGGGAUUCCUCUAAAGGAGCCGCAUUUUCAAUGUGGGGCGGACUAUCGCUAAUGAUGGAUUCAAUUGCUGCUGACUAGUUUCUUAAGCUUAGCUCUAGACAAGUAUUUAUUGUGAAAUUCCCGCCCGAAGGUUACCCCGAAAAAAACGAAGAAUUAAACAUUUGAAAUAAGCAUAUGCCGUAUUUUAGCUAACGAGGUCAACAAAUUGAGAACGCUAUAAUUAAAGACUCGACGACGUGCAACGGGUCUUGACCCCCCACAAAACUCUUAAUGGUUGAAUAAUCUCUAAUAGCUGCUUGGGCGACACUCACUUGGAAAAUUAAAUUGGCACUUUCGCUGAGCGUGGUAUCAUCCGGUGAGUCCACGGGAAUCUGUCUUGUGAAUCUCGUAUCAAACUGCGACACAUCAUCCUCGCUUCGCUGCAAGUUCAAGUUGAUUAAAACAGUGAAUCAAAAUGGGUAAGGUCAAUGGACUUACCAGCAGCGGCUUAAUAGGUGGCUCAAGGCGACGAGCGACAACAUCUUCCCAGUUGACGUGCUUGAAGAAUGGAUGCAUUUGCACGGCAGUCGCAUCCUCGGGUCCGCUGCCCAGACGCAGUGGCUCCUGACGCUUCAUCAGGCGUCGCACCAGAUCUCUGGCUUCGGGUGUGAGGUAGGCUGGCAGAUUAAGCUUUGCUUUCAAUAUGGUCUCGAUGGUUUUCUUGCGAUUCUCCGCUGUGAAAGGCGGCUACAAAAAAGUAAAGAAUUAAUUUAUAGGAUGUGAAAAGUCUUUGCCAGAUCAUUACUUACCACGCCUGUGAGCAUGUCGAACAUGAGUGCGCCUAGUGACCACCAAUCGACGGCUUUGCCAUGGCCACUUCUAGUAAGGAUUUCAGGUGCCCUGCAGUAGAUAAAAAUGCAAAAUUAAUAAAAAUUCUCGCAAAAGUAAUUUAGCCAAAAAUGAGGAGCAUCAAAAGCUUGGCAGGCGCACGCACAUGUACUCAAUUGUGCCGCAGAAGGUGUGGGUGACAAUACCCUCUUGUAUGUGCUCCUUGCACAGACCAAAAUCGGUUAGCUUCACAUGUCCCUGGGCAUCCAGCAGAAUGUUCUCUGGCUUCAGAUCGCGAUAGAUAAUGCCGAGUUUGUGUAAAUGUCCCAGAGCCAAAAUGAUUU